AUGCGGAUACCGUUCGUCACCACAAACCUGCAGUACCUCGCUGCCUUCUGGGCGGCGCUGACAUACCUGAUGAGUGGCAUGAUCUCUGGCUGGGUGUCGCCCAUCCUGCCGCGCCUCCAGGAGCCGGGGUCAUGGCUGCCACUGACAGCAGACGAGGCUUCCUGGAUCGUCUCCAGCCUGACCAUCUCGUGUGUGCUGCCCAUCAUAGGCGUGCCGAUUAUCGUCGACAUCGUCGGCCGCAAGGUGCUGUUCAUCGCAUCUGGAUUGCCAGUGUUUGCUUCCUGGCUCAUGGUGCUGUUCGCUGACUCGGCGGCCAUGCUGAUAGCAUCACGCCUGGUGGCUGGUCUAGGCGUCGGCGCCGGCACCUGCCUGUUACCGAUGUACGUGGGGGAGGUGGCCGAGGCCAAGGUGCGGGGUAUGCUGGGCACCGUCUUCCAGUUCGCCAUGAGCGCGGGUGGGCUCGCCUCCUACUGCAUGGGGCCCUACAUGUCCUACUCGGCCGUGGCCAUCGUGUCCGCCGCCGUGCCCGUGGUCUUCAUGGUGGGCUUCCUCUGGAUGCCCGAGUCACCCUACUUCUUGGCUCUGCGUGGCAGGGACAAGGACGCAGAAAGGACCUUGAGGCGGUUGCGAGGUGCCGUGUCUGAGGAAGCCAUCCAGGAGGAGCUCGGCAUUAUUCACAAGUACGUCAAGGAGCAGCGAGAGGCCAGGCGAUCGCGGCUGGAGCUGCUGGGUCAGCUGGUGCGGCGACGUGGAAACCGGCGGGCACUGGUGUUGUGCGUUGUGCUGAUCGUGGCACAGGUGUUCACGGGGCUGGCUGUGCUCUUGGGCUACACCACUGACAUCUUCCGGCAGUCAGGCGUGGCGCUGGAUGCAGAUGUGUGCGCCAUCAUCGUGGCAGCAGUGCAGACAGUGACCAGUGUUGCCACAUCGCUGCUGGCAGAUCGUGCUGGCCGGCGGCCAUUGCUGCUGCUCUCUUUCGCUGGCUGUGGCGUCACCAUGGCUGCGCUUGGUACCCUCUUCUACCUCAAGGACGUGGUGCACACAGACCUCACAGCUGUGCAGUGGCUGCCACUCGCCGCCAUGGUCGUUUUUCUCGUAUUCAACAUCCUGGGGAUCGGCCCGCUGCCGUGGGCCGUCGUGGGCGAGGUGUUCGCGUCGGACGUGAAGGGCGUGGCUACCUCGGUCGUGGCGGUGGUGCAGUCCAUCCUCUUCACAGCGCUCAGCAAGCUCUUCCAGGUGAUCAGCGACGCCACGGGCGUCUACGCCGUCUUCUUCCUCUUCAUGGCCAGCGCCGUCGUCGGCCUCGUCUUCACAUUCUUCUUUCUACCUGAGACCAGGGGCCGCACCUUCAUCGAAAUCACACGGCACUUCGAGGGCGAAGAAGACGAAGAAACAAAGUAG